AUGGAAGCUGAACUCUUGGCCUUAGAACAAAACCAAACUUGGCUCAUCACUGAUUUGCCUCUUGGGAAAGAGGCUAUUGACUGCAAAUAUGUCUACAAGACCAAAUUUAAUGCUGAUGGGUCUGUAGAAAGGUUGAAAGCACGCCUUGUGGCGAAGGGGUUUAUACAACAAGAAGGUAUCGACUAUACCGAAACAUUUUCCCCCGUAGCCAAGCUUGUUACUGUGAGAAUUCUACUCUCCAUUGCUGCUGUCAAGGGCUGGUUCCUUUUUCAAUUCGACGUCAAUAAUGCAUUUCUCCAUGGAGAGUUGGAUGAGGAGAUUUAUAUGUGA